CGAGCCUAUCUGCUUGACAGGAGGAAGUGAUGGUGUGUAAGUCAGCGUCAGAGCAGCUCACCCCAUCUUCCUGAGGCUCAACGUACAGAUCAUCGCCGAUCCUGGACAGAGAAUGGAUGGCUUUGGCCAGCACUGGACGUGCGUAAGAUCUGAGGAACGCUGCCGUGCACAGUCUCUCCUCCCCUUACCGGUGAUAUAAGUGGCUGCUGAAGAAGAGGUGUGACUACAACAACCCCAGUGUAAUGAAACCAUGGGUAUUUAGUGAAAGAGAGAGACUUGAAGACUGCAUAAACAAAAAAAAAAGGGUUUGUCACUUUGUCCUAGGACAACAGAAAAAGACUUAUGCUGCUCUUCUUGAGGCUCAUGGAAUAGAGGAGGCAGUCUACACACACUAUCACUGGAUGUUUAACUGUAUAAGGUGGACCUUUCUUCAUAUUUGCUAUGAAACAACUGCAGUAUCAUGGAAAAGGACUGGAUUAUUCAAAACGGUGAAAGCAGCCAUCACAGGUGUCUUUCAACAAGAACUGGACCAAAGGGUGAUAUCUUCUAAACACAGGUAUUUUUCUCCUGUCAUGGUCAUUGACAAGCGACAUAUCAUAUUACUUGAGUGGAAUUCAUCCCUGUGGAUCCGGAUUUACUGUGGUGGUCACAUGUGUUUCUGUGAUUUCUAGAUUUAAAGGACUUGUUGCUAGAUGUCUCAGUCAAAUAAUCCAAUAGACUCUCAGGCCCUGCUGCAGUCAAUGUUACAGAGACUGAAACUGCAGCCGGGAAGAGAGGGCCAGGCACAAGUGCACACAGCCAGACCUAUCACAGCUGGUUCCACAUGGGGGCAACUUGGCAAGAGAGAAGCAUCGUCUGACUUCCAGAAAGUUAACAGCAGCCCUGGUGCUAAUGGUAUCCCCUCAAAGGAGUCCAGGAACCCUGCUGCAUUCAGUAACUUUAGCUUCAAAUUUGGUGAAAUACAGCAGCCAGGUAAUGGAGAUAAAGUGGACAGGGGUUUAAUUUCCUUCCCUUCCCAGAAAGACAACAGUGAUGGUGGCACUGGUGACGGCAGGGUGUUGGGACAGGCCACACAGCCUGCAAUCACCCCAACAGGAACAGGGCAGCUGUUUCCUACCACAUCGUCAAAGGAAGCAUUUAAGGACGCUUCCUUUGAGAGGACCGAUACCGAGAGGUGGAGUUUUGGCAGUUCUGCAAUGAAAAGAAACAUGCCUUCUAAUACAGAUGCUGCCCAAAGCAUGGGAGUGAAUGAGAACCAGGACCAGGGCUUUAAACCCAAAGUCUACCCGUGGUCUUUGAAAACCACAGAUGUUCUCGCAGUAAGUCAAGACAAUAAAGAGCUAAAUGUAGUAAAUGGAGAAUUUGGAGUGAUGGGCGAAAACAAAGAUGUGCAGGUUGCCUUAGACAGUCAAAAAACAACAAACAGCAGCUUCAGAAGAAAACAGUCAUCUGAGAAUAAAACCAGAAGGUGGACGCUGAGGAUCAAGGAGAGAUGGAAGGACAGGCAAGGUAAAAAGGGAAAAGAAGAACAAGGAAGUACAGGAGACCACAAGACUGAAGUAACAGAAAAUCUCAUCGAUGCAUCAAAUAAGGAUGAAAGGACCCUUUAUUCACUGGACGCCAGUGCUUCCAGUAAAACGCUUCCUACACACACAGAGGAUGCCACUAAUGACAGCCAUAUCAGACCUGCCAGUGACUUUGAAUUGGGCCUUGGGUCGUUCAGCCUACUGGAAGAGAUCACCAACGGCCAAGAGUGGGCUAAGUUCCUCAAUCCCAACUUUUCGGCCUCAUCAUCAAAUCAGAGACCAGCAGAGGAGCCAAUGAGCCAACCCAAAAACCAACUAAAUCCUCACCACAGUGCUCAGCCAAAUGGGAUUUUGAACCCACUUGGAGGUGGGAGCAACCAGUGGAGCUUCAAGAGUACAGAGCCAUCACCAGCUAUAGGCUUCAGCAUGGCACAAACACCGCCUGUUACUUUCCCACCUGCAAAGAUAGACUUUUCAGGAGGAAAAUGGCAACAGACUGACCAAUCAGAACCGAUGGAAGAUGGUCAAAACCACCCAGAUGUGCAGUCUGGAGCGAGUAGACUGGGACAGCAAAUAAGACCUCCAUCAUUUGUAGUGUCGGCAGAAAAUCCGCUUAACCAGGCGCCUAAGAGCCGACUCACUGUCACCAGAAAGAGACACCAUCAGUCAGCUGACAGCAGAGACGACAGGCUCAAAGCUGACAAAAUAAGUGAUGGAGAACAGGCAGACAAAGAGGGGGCCAUGUCUCCGCCGAACUCUACCAGCAGCCAGAUGAUGGUUGAAACAGAAGAGUCACAACACGAGGACACCAUACCUUUAUACGCCCUAAAAUCUCAUCCGCCCUCUCUUUCUCCAUCCCCUUUUAAGCCUGUGGGUCGCAUACCGCAGGGUGUUCUCAAAUACACCACAUCCCAGGAGUCAGAGUCCUCAAUGGAGACAGUGAAAAAAAGGAGGCGAGUGGAGGAGAACCGACGGGUUCGUUUUGCGGAGGAAGUGGUGACGAUAGAAUCUCCAUACAUGGAUCUGGAGGAUUCAGAGUUGGAGGAUGAUUCAGUAGUAACAGACGAGGACUCUGUGACAGAGCAGGAGUGUGAAGUGCAUCAGCCAGCAGCAGAGGAGGUGGCACCGGCCCGGCGGACUGCCCUCCCUGCUUGGAUACUGGCUCUGAAGAAGAAGAACACAGGCAAGAAGCGCAGAUAGUGACUGUGAAACCACACAACAUGCUGCAUUCAUUCUCAUGGACUUCACUUUCCAUAAAGUAAACAAAUAUGUUUAAAAUCAGGGGAUAUAGUUUGUCUCAAGGUUCCUCUGGUUUAAAACUGUUUUUUUUUUUAAAGCGACAGUAUUUUUCAAAGUCAUAUCUGACCAGUUGUAAAUCUUAAAACUCUGAAACAUGGGGAUGCAUCAUCACCUUUUCCCAUUUCUCUUCUGAAAGGUUUUGAUAUUAAGAUGCAAUAAGGAAAUAAAUACUAUGUUAGGAUAUAUAUUUUCUGCAGUGCACAUGGGAAAAUUUCUAAGUGGAUGUUUUUCUUUUUCUUUCGUUGUUUUAUUGCUCCUGCUUUAUCAAGCAAAGUUUGAGCACAAGCUGAAAACUUUUACGGCUGCACUAGUGAUACAAACAGGACUAUAAUGUUCAAGCAUCAAUUAUGGAUUUUAUUUUUAUUUUUUUUAUCAUUUUGUUCAUACAUUUAUGUUGGAUAUAUGCUGCAGUAACCCAACAGCUGAAUGUACUGAAAGGGUUUGGUUGAUUUAACUGCUGGAGUAAAUCUUGUUCCAUCUCGUU